GUAGCAGUGGCUAAAGCCCUGUUCCUCUUUCCCAGAAGCUUUCAGACUUCCCUUCGGGACUAAUCCCAAGAAGCCAUCUCUCUGGACUGAAGACAAGAGCCAACAUGACCAACUGGCGCAACUCCCUCAUCCUCACGGCCUACAUCGUCAUCUUCCUCACUGGUCUCCCUGCCAACCUCCUGGCGCUACGGGCCUUUGUGGGACGGGUCCGCCAGCCCCACCCUGCCCCCAUCCACAUCCUCCUGCUCAGCCUGACGCUGGCGGACCUCCUGCUGCUGCUGCUGCUGCCCUUCAAGAUUACUGAGGCUGCGUAUAACUUCCGCUGGUAUCUGUCCGAGUUGCUCUGUGCCCUCACGGGUUUCGGCUUCUACAGCAGCAUCUACUGCAGCACGUGGCUCCUGGCGGGCAUCAGCAUCGAGCGCUACCUGGGAGUGGCUUUCCCCGUGCAGUACAAGCUGUCCCGCAAGCCCGUGUAUGGAGUGAUCGCUGCCCUGGUGGCCUGGAUCAUGUCCUUUGGUCACUGCACCAUCGUGAUCAUCGGUCAGUAUUGGAACUCAACCCGGAAUGCCACGAGUGGGGACGGCAUCACCUGCUACGAGAACUUCACCGAUUCUCAGCUGCAUGUGGUGCUUUCUGUGAGGCUGGAGCUGUGCCUCUUCCUGUUCUUUGUCCCCAUGGUGAUCACCAUCUUCUGCUACUGGCGCUUUGUGUGGAUCAUGCUCACCCAGCCCCACGUGGGGGCCCAGAGGCGGCGCAGAGCUGUAGGGCUGGCUGUCGUGACGCUCCUUAAUUUCCUGGUGUGCUUCGGGCCUUACAACAUAUCCCACCUGGUGGGGUUUUACACGAAGAAGAGCCCCCAGUGGAGGGCAGAAGCCGUGGUGUUCAGUUCCCUCAAUGCCAGUCUGGACCCCCUGCUUUUCUAUUUCUCUUCGUCAGCUAUGCGCAGAGCCUUUGGGAAGUGGCUGCAGAUCCUGCGGCAUCGGAGCUCCUCCCUGUUGGGACGCAAAGGCCGAGAGACAGCAGAGGGGACAAAUGCGGACAGGGGUGUGAGUCAAACAGAGGGAGCUCCGAGUUCUGACUUCACCACAGACUAGGGGUGUCCUGGACCUUUGGAGGCUCUCUGGGUGACACAGGCAUUGAGCAGCCUGGGAGAGGGGGAACAUCAGGGUUCCUGUGCCAGGGUCAGAAAUCCUCAGAUCGAUCCACUACUGGGGCUGUAAAAUCCUUUCUC